AUGGGAGAAAAGAAAUAUCACUAUCCCCACAUUUACAGACCAGGAAAUGAUUAUACCUACAGACUGCUACGAGAACAGUGGAUCAGAGCCAAAUAUGAAAGAAAAGAAUUCAUUUACACUGAGAAGCAAGAGCCUUAUUCUGCAGGGUACAGAGAAGGACUUCUGUGGAAGAGAGGACGUGACAACGGGCAGUUCUUAAGCAGAAAAUUUGUGUUAUCAGAACGGGAAGGCGCACUGAAGUACUUCAACAAAAAUGAUGCAAAAGAACCCAAAGCAAUUAUGAAGAUUGAACAUUUAAAUGCGACUUUCCAACCUUCAAAAAUAGGGAACCCACAUGGACUACAAAUCACUUACUUGAAGGACAACAGCACAAGGAAUAUCUUUGUCUAUCAUGAAGAUGGCAAGGAAACAGUGGAUUGGUUCAAUGCCAUCCGUGCAGCACGGUUCCAUUAUUUACAAGUGGCGUUCCCUGGAGCUAGCGAUGUCGAUCUGGUGCCAAAGCUUUCUAGGAACUACUUGAAGGAAGGUUACAUGGAAAAGACUGGGCCAAAGCAAACGGAAGGUUUCAAGAAGCGAUGGUUCACCAUGGACGACCGAAGGCUGAUGUAUUUCAAAGAUCCUCUGGAUGCCUUUGCUAGAGGGGAAGUAUUUAUUGGGAGCAAGGAAAACAGUUACAAGGUCCUGGAAGGACUCCCACCAUCCACCCAGGGAAAUCACUGGCAGUAUGGGAUAACCAUUGUGACCCCAGACAGAAAAUUUCUCUUUGCUUGUGAGACAGAAAGUGAUCAGCAAGAAUGGAUUACAGCUUUUCAGAAAGUCAUAAGCAGGCCAAUGCUGCCUCAGGAAUAUGCAGUGGAAGCCCAUUUCAAGCAUAAACCUUAGCUGGGACUGUCGGAGCAGACCCAAGGAACGAGAUGAUGUUUACAACACAAGAUGGUUUUAUUUGAAAUGUUUAAAAAAUAAUAAAAGAAAAUUAGAAAAAAGUCCUUCACUUAAUCCUGUUGGAAGCCAAGAAGUCAGCGGCAAAGGUCACAUAGAAGCUGCUGAGCCAUAGCAAAACCAAACCUUGCACUUCUCUAGGUAGGCGCUGUGGGACUCUUGUUUAUAGCACUACCUAAUGCUCGUCCAUAGGCUACACUUCCAUGUGCCACCAUUUUGUGUAUCUCACUACAUUAGGUAAAGAAUUACCACAAAUACC